UCCAUUUUAAAGAAAAAAAAAAAAGUAACGUAGAAUCGAUAAUAGAGAAAAAGGAAAAAGAGAGAGCCAGAAGGAUUUAUUUGAUUUUGUUUGGGCAGAUAUAUUUAUUUAUCUUUAAACAAAUUGUUUCAUUGCUUUUAAACUGGUCAGCUUUGUGUCUGUGCGGGUCUAUGCAUUGGAGAGUUUUGUUUUGGCUUUUUUUUUUUUCUCUGAGAUUUCUGUGAUCUUUAGAGCAGACAUUUCCUGAUCUUAACUGGGGUUGGUUAGUUCGAUAUGUUAUUAGAAAUCAAAUGACCAAAACUACUUUUGUUGUCUGUCUAAAUAGCUCAACAGCUUGAUUAGGUUCUCAUUUUUUACAUCCUUCAUGUUUUUAUUUCUUCUGCUGAAAUGGAUUUUUGGGUGUUCAACAGAAAUUGUUAAAUUUCAGUUCUUUUCUGCCUUUUCCCCUUCCCCCUCUUUUUGGAUUCUGUGAAGAUAGAUUUGGUGGGGGGAGGGGUUGGGAUUUGGGGGCUUUUGGAUGAAAAGUGGGUCUGGGUUUUUAGGGUUUUUUGCGAGAGAAGACGAUGGGAUUAGGCAGUGAAGAUGGGAAAGUGGAGACUGCUUGCAACACGUGCCAAUCAAAGGGAAGGAGGAAGAAGAAAGACAGUGGUAGUGGUGGUGAUGAGGUUGUGGAGCGGUCAGAGACUGGGUGUUGGGUCAAGUUCAGGUUUAUAGGGAGCUGCAUUUCUUCAAGAUCCAAAGUUGAUAGCUCAGUUAGUGGGACCAGUACUCAUUGCGAAAGUAAAUCAACAAUUGACACAAGCAGGGACCAACCAGUUGCUCCUGCAAUCUCAUCUACAACCACAAGUAAUACAGAAAGUAAUUCAUCCACCUCCAAACUUGAAGAGGAACUUAAAAUUGCUUCUCGACUGCGAAAAUUCACAUUUAAUGAUCUUAAGUUGGCGACAAGAAAUUUUAGACCUGAGAGUCUUCUUGGUGAAGGUGGUUUUGGCUGUGUGUUUAAGGGAUGGAUUGAAGAAAAUGGAACUGCUCCAGUGAAACCUGGUACAGGACUUACAGUUGCCGUUAAAACCCUUAAUCAUGAUGGGCUUCAGGGUCAUAAAGAGUGGUUGGCUGAAGUGAAUUUUCUUGGUGAUCUUGUUCAUUCUAACUUGGUUAAACUGAUUGGUUAUUGCAUUGAAGAUGAUCAGAGGCUUCUAGUCUAUGAGUUUAUGCCCCGAGGAAGCCUGGAGAACCACCUUUUCAGAAGAUCUCUGCCUCUUCCAUGGUCUAUGAGGAUGAAAAUUGCCCUAGGGGCUGCAAAGGGUCUUUCUUUUCUUCAUGAAGAAGCUGAAAGACCAGUCAUAUAUCGUGAUUUUAAGACUUCCAAUAUCCUAUUAGAUGCGGAUUAUAAUGCCAAGCUUUCUGAUUUUGGACUUGCUAAAGAUGGUCCCGAGGGAGAUAAAACACAUGUAUCAACCCGUGUGAUGGGAACAUAUGGUUAUGCAGCUCCAGAAUAUGUAAUGACUGGGCAUCUCACAUCAAAGAGUGAUGUCUAUAGUUUUGGUGUAGUUUUACUUGAAAUGAUAACUGGCAGAAGAUCCAUGGAUAAGAACCGACCUAUUGGAGAACAUAACCUUGUGGAAUGGGCUCGGCCACAUCUAGGAGAGAGAAGGAGAUUCUACAGAUUGAUAGAUCCUCGGCUUGAAGGCCACUUCUCCAUAAAAGGCGCUCAGAAAGCAGCACAACUGGCUGCUCAUUGCCUCAGCCGGGAUCCAAAAGCCAGGCCCCUGAUGAGUGAAGUUGUGGAGGCGCUGAAGCCUCUGCCAAAUCUCAAGGACAUGGCAAGCUCAUCAUACUAUUUCCAGACAAUGCAAGCUGAGCGAGCUGCAUCCAGCCCAAAUUCCAAAAAUAGCAGCCGAACGCCAGGAGGAUUAUUGAGGAAUGGACAGCAACAGAGGAGCCUUUCUAUACCAAAUGGUUCAAAUGCAUCUCCUUACCAUCAACAAUACCCUCAUCAAUCGCCAAAACCCAAUAGAAAACCGUAGCACAGGGUCAGUAAUUACGGCUUUUCUCCAACAAUUUUCAUCAUUCAUUUCUUUUUCCCGUUGUUCCUGGUAUAGAUGUAUUUUCUUUGAAAAUGUUCCUUUCUCGGACACUGGAAAAAGCAACAGCGGGAUAUGUGCGUUGUGUUUAGAAUGAUGAUAUCUCCUCCCAGCAGGGAAGAAUGCUAGGCGGGUGAAGCUCAUAGAACAAAAUGUCUGUCAACAUUAUGUACUACGCAAUGUCAGUGUCUCGAAAUGUUUAAAGAUUAUUAUCUCCUUGCUUGUAUCACUUUUCUCUCCCUCCUCAACGCCCUUCAUUCCCUUCAUAUGAACUCGUAAUCCACCGGGAACAACUGUGCAAUGGUAAUCAGGUUAUGAAGGACGCAUGAACGUGUUUAUAUAUAUAUUAUUCUUUUUUAUGACAGGUUGAAAUUGAUCCA